UACAUUGUUGUGCGUUGCGAUAGGUCAUGUGGCAGGGGUGGUGGUGUUGCUCUAUUUUUUAGGUCUGAUGUUAGUUUUUCUGUUCUUCCUGGCUUACCUAUAGCUGAGUCACUCUGGUGUAAAGCUUAUAUCGAUAAAUUUAUUCUUGUUAUUGGGGCAGUUUAUAGAGCUCCGGGUACUUCCCCUCAGGUUAUUUUUGAUAUUCACGAUUACAUUUUAAAGCAUAACUUCGGUGGUGGUAAAUUCGUUCUGACUGGAGAUUUUAACACACCUGACGUAAAUUGGAAAACGUUAAUAGUUGGUAGUCGUGAUAAAAUUAUAUGUGAUGCACUUGUUGAUACUGCAGUGUCAUUCGAUUUAGAUCAAGUUGUUAGUGAAUGUACUAGAGAUAACUCAACUCUUGACCUAGUUUUUCUUAGUAACAGCAUUGCCAAAUCUGGUUAUGAGUGCAAAGUAGUUGAUGGUAUUUCAGACCACAGAGCUGUUGUUGUGACACUCAAUUUUCGUGCCUUACACGGAAAACCCGAGAUUGUUACUGUUUUAGACUUUAACAGAGCUAAUGACGAGUCAAUUCUUGACGAACUUAGUUUUGGCUUUGAUGAUUUCGAGACCUUUAGCCGUGACUAUAAUGUUGAUGUGUUGCUUAGCAAAUUUUGCUCAUUAGUAAAUGAUUGUAUUAAACGAUUUGUACCAGUCAAAUAUAAGAAGAUAAAUCAAGCCCAGCCAUGGAUUACUAGAGAGUCUAAGUACUGGUUUAUAUUGCUGAGUUUUAUGAAGCUCGUGGCUUUUUGUUUGUUUCUGAAGGACAACCGAUGGGCUUCCGGGAUCACACGUGUGACGAAUCAAAAGUGGCUGGCUCAAGUGUGGGCGUACGAGAAGAUGGCAGAGGCGAAGCGGAAAGACAGUAAGAAAGAGUGA